AUGCUCGACUCCAAACGCCGGACCUUCGGGCUCCGAGGCUGGCUUCUGCGAGCAUCUCGGCCUCCGUUCUUCCUUUGUACCGUUCUCUCUGUUUUUCUCACUCAAGUCAAACCCCUCGAGGCUCAACUCACAGCGAUACCUGAAGGAACCAUAGACCUCUUAGAUAUUGUGGACCUGUACCAGCCUCGAGCGGGGGUGUCGGUCUGUUCCGGUAUCUGUGAAGCUCGCCCCGCUUUUAUCGAAAAUGGGACCGCUAUGUAUGUGGGGCCCGAUACGGCCUACACAAUAACGAGUGCCCAAUUGAUCGGUCCCGCGCAGAAUUGGCCCCUGAUGCUACUGAACGAUUUUUCCAUUUUGAUGACGCUCAGACCCGAAAAAGGCGCUUCCGGAGUUCUCUUCAGCAUCUUCGAUGAUGGGCUCGACCAGAGGGUUUCGUUCAGUAUUUCGGAUUACUCUGCCAGUUUCGUCGCAAGAGGUCCGAACAAUUCCACUUCUGUUGCUCGUUUCGACAAUUGCGUUCUCAACGACGGCAGCUGGCAUCGGGUCGCUCUCAGCGUAAAAGGGGAUAGCGUCGUUCUGAUUCGGGAUUGUGACGAGCAAUUCACGUCGCCUUUGCUCCGGCCACGAAAAGCAGAGCCCAUCAACGCCUUAAUCACCGUCGCCCGGGGUGCCAACGAGUUGCAGAACUCGUAUAAGGGUGACAUUCAGCAAUUGGUUUUCUCGCCGACGCCCGAGGCGGCGUAUGAGAUGUGCUCCCUCUUCAUGCCGAGUUGCAGACUGCCAAUACCUCCGCUGUAUCCACGCGUCCAGGGUCCGCAAGGUCCCCAAGGAUUCCAGGGUCUUCAAGGUCCCGCGGGGCCUAAGGGAGAGAAAGGAGAUCCUGGGAAAGACGGUAUCCCUGGAACCGAGGGCAUAACCGGUCCUCCCGGUCACAUCUUCGUCAUACCACCGUUCCACCUCUGCAGUAUCAGCGAACAGGUCUUGGACAAGUCAAAGGACCAGAUACGAACAUCAAGGGCCCCGACAACACGGACUACUUGA